UGCUUCCACUGUCGGUCUGUGCUGCUAGCUUCGCUAGCUCGCUUGCUAGUCUGAAUAUUAAGUUGACAGGUCUGUUCCAGCCAACAAAUACAUGCAUUUGCGCACAAUCACACUUCUCAACGCCAACUUAGACAUGUUUUCCCUGCUGAGAUUCUGAGGCAUGUCCUCCUUUUUUAACAAGCAAGAUAAGGAACUUUUUUUACACGUCAGCUCUUCAGUUUUCUUGACUGUCAGCUAACGGCUAUCAGUGCUGCAAUGGGUUCCAAUGAUUGAUGACUUCGACUAAUGUCAAAGCAGUGUGGCAGGAGGGGGAUGCAUGCCUGGCUCCCUGCCCCGAAGAGGGCACCUUACGAGAAGGAACCAUCCUGAAACUCUUCUCCGCCCCUCACACUGUCACCACAGCUCUCGUGAGAUACACUGGUCACUGCAAUGUUAGUGACCAAGGAGAGGAGAUGGAGGAGAAAGAAGAGAUCGUUCCCAUUUCUGAGCUCCAGGGGCCAAGCACUGACUGUUUUGAGAGAGAACGGUCCACUCAGGAGAAGCCACUCUUCCACAGCAGUAGUUUAAGCACUCCUGGUUCCUCUGAGCCCUUGAUACUGUCUCAGACUGGGGAUAAAGUCCCCUACACCAUCAACAGGUACCUGAGGGACUACCAGAGAGAAGGCAUCCAGUUCAUCUACCACAGCUAUGUCCAGUCCAGAGGCUGCAUCCUGGGAGAUGAUAUGGGUCUGGGGAAGACCAUUCAGGUUAUUGGUUUCCUGGCUGCUUUAUUACAUAAAACAGGAACUGGGGAAGAUAUAGAAAACAACAGACCUCAGUUUCUAUUGACACAGGCCACCUCAAAAAACUGUAGACCUAAAAAGGCCUUCUUGAUCGUGGCCCCCCUGUCGGUGCUCUAUAACUGGAAGGAUGAGCUGGAGACGUGGGGGCACUUCCAGGUGGUGGUAGUGCACGGGCUGCACAAGGAAGAGGAGCUUACCAGGGUGAGAAGAGGCCGCUCCGAGAUCGCCCUAACCACCUAUGAGACCUUGAGACUCGGCCUUGACCAGUUCAACAGCAUAGACUGGUGUGCUGUGAUAGUGGAUGAGGCCCACAAAAUCAAGAACCCCAACUCCCAAAUCACUCACGCCAUGAAGAGGCUGAGAUGCCAGGUACGAGUGGGUCUCACCGGCACCAUCCUACAGAACAACCUGGAUGAACUGUGGUGUGUCAUGGACUGGGCCAUCCCUGGUUGUCUUGGCAGCCUGGGCCAUUUCAAGAACAAGUUCUCAGACCCCAUUGAGCAGGGACAGAAGCACACUGCAACCAAACGUUCCCUAGCGACAGGGAGGAAGGCGGUCCGGGCCCUGGCCAGGAAGCUCUCCCAUUGGUUCUUGAGGAGGACCAAGGCUCUGAUUAGUCAACAGCUUCCCAAGAAGGACGACAGAGUAGUGUACUGCUCUCUGACAGAGUUCCAGCAGGCAGUCUACAGGACAGUGCUGGAGUCGGAGGACGUCUCCCUGCUAUUGCGCUCGUCUGAGAAGUGCAGCUGUGGCAGUGGACGCACUCGCAGGAAAUGCUGCUACAAGGUGAACAGGGAUGGCGUGGAGGUCAGCUCUCUGUACUUCAGCUACCUAGCCAUUCUCAGGAAGGUUGCCAAUCACGUCGCCUUACUUCAGAGCACAGCAGACACCAGCAGCAAACAGAAGAAGUAUGUGAAUGCUAUCUGCGAGAAGGUGUUCCAGAAGUUUCCUGACUUUAUUCAGAGGUGCAAGCAUGAAUCCUUUGAGGCUAUGUCAGACCCCAUGUACAGUGGUAAGAUGAAGGCCUUGCAGAAGUUACUGAAACAUUACAUGCAAAGGAAAGACAAGGUCUUACUCUUCUCCAUGUCCACCAAGCUAUUGAACGUUCUGGAAAGCUACUGUAUGGCCGAGGGUCUGGACUACAGCAGGCUGGAUGGUAACACCAAGGCCCGCGACAGGAUGACGGUCGUGAAGAACUUCAACAGUCGCCCUGACAUCAACAUCUGUCUGGUGUCCACCAUGGCGGGCGGUCUGGGGCUGAAUUUUGUGGGGGCUAAUGUGGUGGUUCUGUUUGACCCCACCUGGAACCCUGCGAACGACCUGCAGGCGAUAGACAGGGCGUACCGUAUAGGCCAGUGCAGGGACGUGACGGUGCUCAGGCUGAUCUCUCUGGGGACAGUGGAGGAGAUCAUCUACCUGAGGCAGAUCUACAAGCAGCAGCUGCAGUGUUCGGUCGUUGGCAGGGAGAGUGCCCGACGCUACUUCGAGGCGGUGCAGGGGGCGGGUAACCAGAAGGGGGAGCUGUUUGGGGUGAACAACCUGUUCAGACUGCAGACCCAGGGGACCUGCCUGACCCGACAGAUACUGGAGAGAGAGGGCCAAGUGGAGGUGGGCGUGAUGACGGCGAAAACGCAGAUACGGGAAGAGAGGGAGGAAGCGGAGGAGGAGAGGAGAGAGAGCGGGCCAGGGGGUACAGCCGGGGGCCCCUCGGAGCCCCGCGGAGGGGGGGCCGGACCCUCCGGGGCCGUGCUGGACUUCAGCAGCUGCAGCGAGGACGACGACGCGGAGGCCGGGAAGCGGAGGACGGCUCCCCAGCCCAGAGCAGGAGAGGACGGCGGGACCCCUCCCGGGAAAAGAAGCCUGCUCCUCCAGCACGACUUCUCCAGGCUGCCCCCGGGGCCAGAGGUCGAGGGGGGAGCCGGGUCGUCCGUGUCGGACGGCAGUCUGAGUGAGGAGGGGGAGCAGGUGGAAGGCAGGGGCUGCGAGGCGGUCCGGGGCGGAGCGGGGAGGAAGGAAGGAAGGAAAGGAGAGGAUGGCGAUGAGGACUCUACCUGGGACGUGUCUUCUGGCAGCGGGAGAGAGGAUGGAGGGAGCGGCAGGAUAGAAAAGGCGGGGAAGGCCCAGACUCCUAGAUCCCUGUCUGAAGAGAGCGAUGACCUCGGAGGAAAGACUGGUGGCCCUAGCGGUCCGAAACCCGGGAUGAAGAGGGUUAGACUCUCAUCGUCGGGCAGGGACGGUCUCGUCAAGGCCAAAACGACAGUUCCCCGAAUGCAGCCGAUCGAGUUUCACUCGGACGAGUCUGAGGACCUGGGCUCGGAGACUCGAAAGGAACCCGUUCUGCAGAACGAGGCCACCAGGUCCAGACACACCGAGGACAUCGAGACCUUCACCUCCUCGGAGGAGGAAACCUCUCCUAUCAAGAGAAGGAGAUCCUCAGCCUGCCUGGCCUCGUCUCCGCCGAGAGACCAGCCCAGGACGCACAGGCGAGCGCACACGCCGAGAGCAGACGGGCGGGAAGACGGCCCUGGCCCGUCUAGACGGACUGCCAGACCCUCGGUCUCCUUCACCAGCCUGAGACACAAAGAUGGUCAUCGCACCACCCCAGGAGACCAAGGAGCCCCUGAUGGAACCAUAGACCACGUCUUGGGUGGUCUGCAAGAAGUGGUGUUCACCCACUCUAACCAGCGGGUGGUGGGCGGGAGCAAGGCCGAGGAGCGAAUCAGCAGAGCCGCCCUCCGCGACGUGUUCGUACGCAAGGUGCACUCGCAGCUCCCAGCCAAUCAGGUCCCGGACAGCCAGGGGGAGUCCCAGUGGGAUGAGCCGUCCCCUCCGAGCCCGCCCUUUGGGGUGAGAGAUGACGCAGCCCACAGGCCGAGGGGGGAGGGGCGUACUCCAGAUCACCCCGUCACACACACCGCCCGGAGCACCCACCCCACCCCACGCGCCACCUUCAUCGUCGGAGAGACCCCUGCUGCAGUCCGUAGGCAGCAGCUGGAGGCAAUGGCGACUGCGUGCGGAGCAGAGUCGGCCCUGAAAUUUGCAGAUGAAGUUCUGAGGCGCACUUCAGCCCAAAGGCUUUCUCAGCUACGACACUACUACAGCUCCCAGGGUUCCCAACUAGCAGCCGUUGUUAGGGAAAACUAUCCAGAACCUGAGAGCGCCCGGCCCAAACCUGAGGAAACAUCCCGUCCCUCUACCUCCUCGUCAUCUUCUCUGAAGCACCGGAAGAGUUCCAAGAGGAGCCACAAGGGGGAUAAAACCCCCCACUACGCUGUUCCAGAAUACUCCAGAGAGGUUCUGACCCCUGAGGCAGAGGAGGAGGAGAAAUGCCAUGAGGCUAAAGGAGAGAAAAAGGUUCAAAGGAGGGAUUUGGGUUCUCAAACCCUUAGAACUGCUGCUAGCUCCUCCAGUCCAUUCCAGCCCAAAGGCAGCGGUGCUUUGGGGCUUGGGGAGUCGGACACUGACCUGGACCCCCGAGACAGACCUCCUCCAUCCUCUCAGGUUGCCAGGGAGGCCGAGGCUGUGAACGUGCAGAGGCCCGCCACCCCGCCCUGCUGGAAGGUUCUCACAGAGCUGAUAGGAGACACCUCCAUCUUGGACGAUCUGUUCAGAACCAAACCCAGGACCACUGAGCAGAGACGGCCCCACGAAUCGCCCACAACGCGGGCCGUCACCGUGGUUACCCCCCAACGCGCCCCCCCACCCCUCUCCCAAGCUGACCCCAAGCCUCCCUCGCCCCCCGUCGGUUCUCCUCUGUCGCACACUCCCUCGACGCCCUCGCCCGGGCGCACCUCACGCCCUGUCGCACCGCCCUCGCACGCCGUCGCGGCCCCCCGGCGUCCGCGCGAGAGGUCGACGGGCAGCCGCAAGGACUUCUGGGACAUCCUGAGCGAGGGGAACGAGGAGAGCAUCAACAGACUGACGGACCUGGCCGAGGUGGAGAGGGUGUGUGGAAGGACCAAGGUCCCUGCCGAGGCCCGGAGAGGAGAGCAGCGUGGGAGCGCGGCCCUGUGGAAGAGCAACGACAGGUUUCUGUGGAAAAAAUGAAAGGGCGUGCGACUGGCGGUCUCGCGAAAGACUGUUUUGCUCUCGAGUUCGAAACGGAACAUAACGAUAUCGCCAUCUCUCCACAAAGUGCAAUCCUGCAUAAAAUCUUGACUAUUUAUUCUCUUCAAUGGUUGAUUUUAGCUAUUUUUUUACGCAGCAGAGUGUUUUUUUACUGUAUUAAAGUGCAAAGAGUGCUCUUUCUCUCCCGAUGGUAAUCAAAACUAUUCAAACUGGAGUUGUAUCUAAUCAGCCAAACUUAAUUGUUUUUACAGGUCCAUACUUGGAGGCCACAGAAACUAACCAUUGUUUUUGGAAUUAAACUUUGUUGU